UGCCUCCCAUGUGUUGGGAUUAAAGGUGUGUGCCACCACUGCCCAGUGGCUUAUACCUUUUUAAUGGUACUUUCAUGAGGAUGGCAGUAUAUCUUAUUACCCUUUCUCAGUUGCCUUAUAUGCUAAGCUAACAGCAUUUAUGCUACUGAUGCCCGUGUUUUUGAUUGAGUGAACUAUUGGAGGAGCCAAAUAACCUGUACCUAAACAGGGAGCCAAGGAAACUUUGGCUUCUGACUAGAUUGGAAAGGCAAAUAAAGUGUUUGUGGUUCAUGCAGUUGCGGCCAGUUCCUAGCCAAUCAUACAUUCCCCAAGGAGAGGAAGUGACUAAGGAUAAUGAGAAUAACUCAGUCUGUCAAGUAAUUGAUGGUGAGUUUGAAUAGAUGGCUUUUUGUCAAAAGGAUCAGAGUUCAGAUUCCCAUGUGAAAAGUCUAGAGUUGUAACACCAUAUACCUGAAAUCCUAGCAGUCGGGAGGAGAGAAAUCCUGCAAACUGGGUAAUUUACAACAAACAAAAACCGUACUGCUCAUAGUUCUGGAGCCUGAGAUGUCCCAGGUUAAAGUGUUGGCAUGUCCUCAGACCUUCUUGCUUUGUUUUCACAUGGUAGAAGGCACCACAUAACAGAAAAGCAGAGAGAACCUUAGUAAGAGUCUUUAUGAGGAGCCCAGGCCCACAGUAAUGGCAUCAAUACACUGUAACAUAAAGACAGUGCCUCCAUGGCCUUGUUAUCUCCUGCCAGGAACAGCGUCACACUUUUGUAAUCCCAGAUAAUUGACAGGCUAAACCUGGUAUCUCUGAGCCUGGGACUUCAAGUUCAAGGCCAGCCCCAGUAACAUUGUGAGACUUGUCUCAAAGACAAAACAAAAAUAUUUUAAGAAAACACCUGCUUUAUAUUAUAUUGGCAAUUAAUUAAGCAUGAAUUUUGUUUUAAUAAGGUGUUAAACUAUAUGGGAAAAUGAUCAAAUAAUGCAUUUUAUUCUUAACAGCUCUUAGUGGAAGAAUUGGAUGGGGAUAAGAAUGAAGGCAGAAAGACUCUAGAGGGCAGGAGUCUAGGCCUAGAAGUUGAUGUUUAUACUAUAAAAUCAGUCUUACAGGAUGCUUUGCAUGCAAAUGAGAGAAAUAGACAGGACAAUGGGGCGGAUAAUAGGAUCUAUCUGUAUUUGGAUAAAAGGUUUUGAGCCAAAAAUACAUUUCUAACAGACAGCUUUUAGGAGUGAUAGAGGUCAUAUGUAGACGGAGCUGUCUGUCCAGAGGGGAGUAGUUCUGCAGAGUCAAGAGGAAAGAUUAAAUGAGAGGAACAGGCACAUCUGAACACCAGCAGCUCUGGGAAGGAAGCACCUUAUCUAGAAAAAGAAGUUGAAAUUGAAGGUCUAAAAUUGAAAAGUAAAUGGAUGGAAAAUCUGAUGUAUGUGGACAUGGCAGAGUAUAGAUAAGGUGAAGAAACUGCUGUACAAAGAAGUUAAAUAGCUAUCCCAAAGGUCAUAGAAUGUCAUAUUUGAAGACAAGCAUGGAGGAUGAGGACUCAUCUAAAAGGAAUGAAAAUGAUUCAAAUGCAGACUCUCAGUGCCCAAAUGUGGGAUUUUUUCACAAGGAUCAUAUGCAGAAAUCUGAGACCGGUGACACUUGUGACUGGGUAGAGAAGCAGUUGGAAAGGCCUAAAUGGAAAAUACUGAAGGAAGGCAAAAGUAGCAUCAGAGAAAUGAUUGACACACAUACAAAAACAGCAAAUAUAAAACUAGAGCAGGAUGAUGAGACAUCUGAGAAAAGUUUCUACCCAAGUACAAAUACAAUGCAUCAGACUAUCCCCACAGAACCAAAAUGUACUAAACAAGGUGAGCACACAGAGAACAUUAAUGGAAACGUACACCCUGCUCAUAUUGCUGAUAAGAAAUCACAUAAGUGUGAUGAGUGUGGAAAAUCCUUCAAAUACAAUUCUCGUCUUGUUCAACAUAAAAUUAUGCACACUGGAGAAAAGCGCUACGAGUGUGAUGACUGUAGGGGGACUUUUCGGAGUAGCUCCAGUCUUCGAGUCCACAAGCGCAUCCAUACUGGGGAAAAGCCCUAUAAGUGUGAUGAGUGUGGCAAAGCCUACAUGUCCUACUCUAGCCUUAUAAACCACAAAAGCACUCAUUCUGGGGAGAAGAACUGCAAAUGUGACGAAUGUGGAAAAUCCUUCAAUUAUAGUUCUGUUCUGGACCAGCAUAAAAGGAUCCACACUGGAGAGAAGCCCUAUGAAUGUGGGGAGUGUGGAAAGGCCUUCAGAAACAGUUCUGGUUUGAGAGUCCACAAAAGGAUCCACACAGGGGAGAAGCCCUAUGAAUGUGAUACCUGUGGGAAAACCUUCAGUAAUAGUUCUGGCCUGAGGGUCCACAAAAGGAUCCAUACAGGUGAGAAACCCUAUGAAUGUGAUGAAUGUGGGAAGGCAUUCAUUACUUGCAGAACACUUCUAAAUCAUAAAAGCAUCCACUUUGGUGAUAAACCUUAUAAAUGUGAUGAGUGUGAGAAAUCUUUUAAUUAUAGCUCUCUCCUCAUUCAGCAUAAAGUCAUCCACACUGGUGAGAAACCUUAUGAAUGUGAUGAAUGUGGGAAGGCCUUCAGGAACAGCUCAGGCCUUAUAGUGCAUAAAAGGAUCCACACAGGCGAGAAACCUUACAAGUGUGAUAUCUGUGGCAAAGCAUUCAGCUAUAGUUCAGGCCUUGCAGUCCAUAAAAGCAUUCAUCCUGGAAAGAAAGCCCAUGAAUGUAAAGACUGUGGCAAGUCCUUUAGUUAUAACUCACUUCUUCUUCAGCAUAAGACCAUUCAUACUGGAGAAAGACCUUAUGUAUGUGAUGUGUGUGGCAAAACGUUCAGGAACAAUUCAGGUCUCAAAGUCCAUCGGAGACUCCAUACUGGGGAAAAACCAUAUAAGUGUGAUGUAUGUGGGAAGGCCUAUAUCUCACGCUCAAGCCUUAAAAAUCACAAAGGAAUCCACAUGGGGGAGAAGCCCUAUAAAUGCAGCUAUUGUGAGAAAUCUUUCAACUACAGUUCUGCCCUUGAACAACAUAAAAGGAUUCAUACAAGGGAGAAGCCCUUUGGGUGUGAUGAGUGUGGAAAAGCCUUCAGAAACAAUUCAGGCCUUAAAGUACAUAAGCGAAUUCACACGGGGGAGAGACCUUACAAAUGUGAAGAAUGUGGAAAAGCCUACAUCUCACUCUCAAGCCUUAUAAAUCAUAAAAGUGUACACCCUGGGGAAAAGCCCUUUAAGUGUGAUGAGUGUGAGAAAGCCUUCAUCACAUAUAGAACACUUCUAAACCACAAAAAAAUUCAUCUUGGAGAAAAGCCCUAUAAAUGCGAUGUGUGUGAGAAAUCUUUUAACUACACCUCACUCCUUUCUCAACACAAAAGAGUUCAUACUAGAGAGAAACCCUUUGAAUGUGACAGGUGUGAGAAGGUCUUCAGAAACAACUCAAGCCUUAAAGUGCAUAAAAGAAUACACACUGGGGAGAAGCCCUAUGAGUGUGACAUAUGUGGAAAAGCCUACAUCUCACACUCAAGCCUUAUUAACCAUAAAAGUACACACCCUGGCAAGACGUCCUAUACAUGUGAUGAAUGUGGAAAAGCAUUUUUCUCAAGCAGAACUCUUAUAAGCCAUAAGAGAGUCCAUCUUGGGGAAAAACCCUUCAAGUGUGUUGAGUGUGGGAAGUCGUUCAGCUACAGCUCACUUCUUUCCCAACACAAGAGGAUCCACACAGGGGAGAAACCUUAUGUAUGUGAUUGGUGUGGGAAGGCAUUCAGGAACAGCUCAGGCCUCACAGUACAUAAAAGGAUCCAUACAGGGGAAAAACCCUAUGGGUGUGAUGAAUGUGAAAAAGCAUACAUUUCACACUCAAGUCUUAUUAAUCAUAAAAGUGUCCACCGUGGGAAGCAGCCCUAUAAUUGUGAGUGUGGGAAAUCUUUCAAUUACAGAUCUGUCCUUGACCAACAUAAAAGAAUCCACACUGGAAAAAAGCCAUAUCGAUGUAAUGAUUGUGGGAAGGCAUUUAAUAUCAGGUCAAACCUUACCAAGCACAAAAGAAUCCAUACAGGAGAGGAAUCUUUAAAUAUGGCAAAUAUGGAAAGUCAUAGUGGCACAUUCCAGAAGAUGAUCUACUAUGAGGGAGGGAAUUCUCUGGAUGGGACCAGAAUGCAGAUGCCUUUGUGGGAGGCAGAGCAUGCCAAGUCUCAAAGAAAUCAAAUAGAAGAAAAACUUUAUGAAUAUAAGAAUUUCUGAGGUCCUUAGUCAUGGUUUAUAAUUUUCAUAGUGUGAGUGAAAGAAAGAAUUCUAAGUGCUCAUGAACAAUUCUACGUGAUUAGGUUAUAGCAAGAACAGUUUUAGUGUCAAAAUAGUUGAACACUUUAGGACUAUAAAAUACCACUGGAUAUAAAGCCUUCAAAAGUGAUGGAACAUUUAAAAAAUGUAAUCUGGACAUAAAACAUAAAGGUAAGGGUCUUUAGUUAGAAAUCAUAUUCACUACAAAGGUCCUAUUUGGAUAAAUAAGUGAAUUAAAAUGUAUAAAGUUGGUAUAAUUUUGAGCUCUAUACUUCAGUCAGUGGAAAAAAGAUCCAAGAAGGGCCUCCAACAGGCAAAUUCAGGGAGAGGAUGGUUUCAGGGAAUAUCAGCUUAUUAGUGGGUCAUCAAUUAUAGACUUAACAGUAAUGGUUUGUGGUAGGAAGAUCACAACUUCUGAAACAAUUUAGAUGUCCUAGGAAAAGAAAAGGCAUAAUCUGUGACAUAAUCACUUUAAAUGCAUAGUAGUUGAAAUAUACUAUUAUAUUAAUUGAACUGGUAAGACUAAAGUUUCAAAUGAACUCCCUUAAUAGGUAAUAUAUAUGGUAAAUGAAGCCUGGAAGGUGACAUUCACAUAUACUGAAAGAACGGAAAGGAUUUUAGUGUCUUCAGUGAAGUAAUGGAACACAUCUUCAACAUGAAUUUGCACCUUACAGAAAAAGUUCAGGGAAUCCUAUGAAUAAAAAAAAAAAAAAAAAAAAAGAGUGUUUCAAAGGAAGGCUUUUUAUUACAAGAGCUAAAUAAGUACCAGUAAUUAAGAAGAAAUUCAUGUUUUAAAAACAAUACUUUGUUUCAGAAAGCAUUGUAAAAAUGUUAUGUAUGACAUACAUGUGUAUAUUGUCUUGUAAAAUAUGAAUAUGUUCAAAACUCACUUUGCCAUAAAGGCCAAAUAGUUAUGGCAAGGUAGGGGGAAAAACAAUAAAUGCCUCAAAUGUAAAUAGGCUGUGACUUGUUUUAGAUGGACAAAUAUAGAGAGCCAUUUGUGUGUUGUAUCUUUCCUUGUAAGUUAUACAGAAUCUUAACUAAGAGAAGCUUCUGUCUUAUCUGUGAAGACUUAUCCACUAAACUAGUAUCUUAGGAUUCACCAGAAGUUACAUCAUACUUAUCUCAGGUGGAAAUAGAUGAAUUUUGAAGAGACCAUGAGUAAGCAACCUGACCAUGAUAGAAGUCUGGAUUAAAAUUUGUUAGAGUGUAUAGGCUAUGUGAGUGAGUCACCAUAAUUCAUUAGGAACAGAACUUAAUACAAAGUGUUAGUAACUGUAGCAGUAAAGACUAGGUAUUUCAAUAGUGAAAGUAGAUUCUUCUGAGUUGAGCUCCAUAGUAAUUGGACAGGUUAUCAGAACCAGGUGAACAAACUCUCAGUUUGUUCUCUGACUUCAGGACUUAACAUCAUUAAAGACAAUCACUAGCCAUCUCUAAUUUAAAAAUUCCCAGGUCUCCCUCUGGGAAUACUAGAGAGUACUUUGUUUCUGUCUCCAGAUUGCUACCAGGUUUUGACACGUGAGGUGAAGAAAGGGAGAAUAUAUUUUUGCUGCUCAAUUCUGUAGUAGAUGUCCACACUGUACUGUUCUACUGCAUGAGACACGUCAAUUUGACCCUAUCUGUUGAUCUAGUUUACUCAGCAAAUAUUUGUGGAGAAUCUGCUAGAUACAAACCACCGUCCUGGGCCCUAGGUAGGGAAAGGUGGGAACAAGAGUUAAGACUUCAAGCAGUCAUCCUAAUCCACACACACACCUAAGUGUUUGGAGAAACUUGACCAUAGCCAGCCAGGAAAAGAGCUGUGGAUAGUGGGUUUUUCUGAGGAGUAGGAAAGGAUGUCCUGAAUAAAGACAGCAGAACAGUUCAGGAAUUGUCCAGAAUGGCUGUUUUAAGGUGAGCAGAAAGACUACAGACUGUCCAUUCCCAGCAGCCAUUGAGGAAAGGGAUUGCAUUUGCUAAAGAAAGACCACUUCUAGCUUCUUAGACAAUCCUGUUACCUGAGGUUUCUAUGUGCCUUAUAGCCAAAGCAGCCAGUGGCUUGAGUCCCAUUCCUUCCACACUCCUGACCCCCAUGUAAGCUACUGGAUCUAUGGCACUACUUAGUUUUAGGAAUAACACAAGUAAAAAUGUUGAGCCUGGCCACCUUGCAGAAAAGUUUGUGAGUUCUGUGGUACUGUGGAUCAAACAAAAUGAAUUUAUGCAUACUAUGCAAAUUCUACCAGUAAGGUACAUCUCUGGCUUACUGUGGUCACUUUAAAAAAAAUAUAUAUAUAUAACUAUGUUUAUGUGUAGGCUGUGUGCUUGUGAAUUUGUGUCUGUGGAAGCUGGAAGCAUCAGCUGUAGCUAGAGUUCUAAGUGUAAGCUACCUGAUACGGAUGCUGGGGGCUGAAUUUGCAUUUGAGAGCAGUAUAUAUCUCUUUACCCUCCUUUUAGAUUGGUCUCUUGAUUAUCCCAGUGUACUGAGUGCUGGGGACAACUACUUUUGGCUUGGCCUUGAGUAUUAUAUAUUGAGGGUGAGAUAAAUUAUAUUCAGCUUAACUCAGAUGUGUAUGGGUUUCUAGUCCCAUAAUGGAUACCAUGCUGCAGAUUCAAUGAGUUUAUUGUGGCUAAGCCUGCUUGGACCAGUCUAUGGAUGUGAGAUCAGUGAUCAUUGCCUUUUCUAGUAAGUGAUACACAAGAAGAAAACACAAAGCAAAAACCUUAACUUGUAAGGGAAUCAAAAAGGUUUGCAAGGUAAGGGAGAAUUGGCAUGGUGAAAAGUAAACUGGAAUCUGGAAGAUCUGCGGACUAAAACACUUUUAUCUAGGUAGGAACAGGGUCAUGAUGUUUAUAAAGUCAUAUAUGCAUGGAAGAUAGCAUAUUCAAAUGUUAAUAGGAUAAAGUUUAAAAUUUGAGAUAAAAAACCUCAAUAUAAAAGGUUUUGGUAAAGGUGGGCUACAAUAUUUGGUCAAUUUCCCAUUGAAAAUGAAAAUGUAUUUUUCAAAAGGCAUAUAGUAUCCUGUCUUUAGUUCAUUUGGCAGCUAUAACUAACUGUAAAGUGAAUAAUUUCAAAAAUAACUAUUUUUCAAUUCUGGAGGGUGACAAGUUAAUCAUGGGGCACCCUGAGUUUGUACAUCUGUUUAGAAUUCUUUGGGGGGGGGUCAUAGAAAGGACCUUACUGUGCUGUGAAUAGAUCAAGGGGUCUUUGUUGAGCCUCCUUUAGAGGAGCACCAAUACCAUACAUGAGUACUCCACCUUCUUGAUUUAAUCUCAGCACCCACUAGGGAGGUUCACAACCUUCCAUAACUCCAGUUUCAAGGGUUUUCAAAGGGUUUGCCUCUGGCUUUAAUGAGUUCUCUCUCACACUCUCUGAAAAAAAAUAAUACAAAUCUUUUAAAAAUGAGAUAAAAUGCAGACUGUUCUGUGGACUGCUGAUGCUCUCUGGGUAAGAAAUUCAGAGCCAGUCCCACCAUAGUGAUGAAUAGGAGACCUUUGAAAAGUUAAAGUUGGGUUCUUAAAUUGCUUACAGCAAAAUAAAUCAGAGCUAACCCUUUCCCUACGUGUAGAGAGACAAUGACCUUGUUAAUAAUAGGCAGAGUGGUACAAGAAAAAGUGAGACGAUCCCUGGUUUUACUCCGGUCUAAGUAACAGCAGCCCAAGACAUGAUAGACACAAACAUGAGAGAGCCAGCGCCAUUUAAUAGCAAGUGACACCUAACUCACUACACCCUUUCUUUUUUUCCCUUUUGUAGCAAAGUUGCUUUUUCCCAGGUUAGCCUCAAAAGUCAGUCCUGCCUCUG